AUGUCCAAACUACUUGGAAGCCAAGAAUUGAAGCCAGUCUCUGACUAUCACCCUUCUUCACAAUGCCACUUAUGCGAGCCGAGCCCAGAUGUACUCACCUCUGUCAUCGAGAACGAGCGUACUCGCCGGUUAGCACUGGAACAGAUGACGAAGUUAGAGACAGAGCUUGGGAACUUAUCAGAGAACCACCCUAUGCACGACGAUGACGAUGCCCCGCUGCUAAUAAUAGACUUCCUUGAAAAGUUUUUUCUGUUAUUGGAAGAGGAGAUUCAGUUGGUUAGAAAGUUCUCAAAUGUUCUAAAAGAACGCCUUGAAAACCCCGAAAUCUAUAUCGCUAUGGAAAGACUCUCCGACAGCGAGUUCGAUCGAGUUUAUGCUUCUUCAAAGCAGAAUCCAAACCGCCAGAUGCAAAGAAAGCUAGCCCAGAACUCUCAGGAUCGCAAUGACUACUUUUUCUCUUCUGGGCGGUUACUUGAGUCCUCAAAGGUGGAUAAUAUGAAUGACAAACUUGGCCAAAGCCCUCCAUCCUAUGAUAUGGCCGCUAGUGUUCGGAAAUCGAGUGAUGGUGCUCCCGCAAAGCCGGCUCGGAGUUUUUGGAAGAAAUUUUGUAAAAGUUUAGCUCGGCUUUAA